GGCAGAAGGAGAGAGCGGGGCGAGUGUGAUUUCAAAAAACGGCUCCUUGGUUUCCAUCUCUCUCAAGUCUCAACCCACUUUCUCUCCCCCAACGGACAUUUUGGUACCGGCGAGCGACGGGAGCCAGAGAUGACCGAUCAAGCUCACAAUCAACCGGAGGCGUCUUCGUCGGCGACCGAGGAAGCUCGCAAUCAAUCGGAGAAAAUUGCCGCCCCAUACGGGCAGUGGUCGUUGAACAACUUCGAAAUCGGGAGACCACUGGGAAGAGGGAAAUUCGGCAGAGUCUAUGUCGCUCGAGAAGUCAAGAGCAAGUACAUUGUGGCGUUGAAGGUGCUCUUCAAGGAGCAAAUUGAGAAGUACCGCAUCCAUCACCAGUUGCGAAGAGAGAUGGAGAUCCAGUCCACCCUCAACCAUCCAAAUGUUCUGCGCCUCUAUGGCUGGUUCGACGACGACGACAGAAUUUACCUUAUACUCGAGUACGCUCACGGCGGUGAGCUCUAUGGUGUGCUGAGGGAGCGCGGCCACUUGACAGAGAGAGAAUCUGCCACGGUGAUGAUCCAACACAUUCCAAUUUCAAUUUUCGUUUUUAUCUGCUGUGCAUUUUGGUUCUCGGAGCUCGUUAGGGUUUCUAACCUUUGUGUCUCGGCCAUUGUAAUUGUAUUUCAGUAUAUUGCAAGCCUUGCGAACGCCUUGGCUUAUUGCCAUUCGAAGGAUGUGAUUCACAGAGACAUCAAGCCGGAGAAUCUCUUGCUGGAUCAUGAGGGUCGUUUGAAGAUUGGGGAUUUUGGGUGGUCGGUACAAUCGAGAAGCAAGAGGCAUACCAUGUGUGGAACUUUGGAUUAUCUAGCUCCAGAGCUGGUGGAAAACAAGGCUCAUGAUUAUACAGUAGACAACUGGACAUUGGGUGUACUUUGCUAUGAGUUCCUCUAUGGUGCUCCUCCCUUUGAAGCUGCGAGGCAGAAUGAUACCUUCAAAAGGAUCAUGAAGGUUGAUCUUAACUUCCCGUCUAAUCCUCCAGUCUCGAAAGAAGCCAAAGACUUAAUUAGCAGACUCCUUGUGAAGGAUUCUGCAAAGCGUCUCUCUCUUAAGAAGCUUAUGGAUCAUCCAUGGAUAAUCAAGAAUGCAGACCCAAAAGGUGCGUGUAUCCAGUAGACAGUGGAUUCCACAUUUUAGAGUUUGAUAUUCGUGGAAUGAGCGAGAGGCUUUUAGGAUGCAGGGGUUUCUUUUGUGUGGUUUUGUUUCUGAAUACAAAGCCAGUGUUACUUAUUGCUGCUAUUGUUGUAGUAGACAAGGUUGACAUUAAGUAAAUUGCAAAGCCUGUCAGCUUGAUUUAUUUAAUUAACUCCCAUGCUAAUGUUUAACUGUUAUCUAUCGGGAAACAGAGUAUUAGCUAUCACAUUCAAAGAAAAGGAGAACAAUCUUUGAUAGUUUCUUGAGGUAUCCCAACCACUUUGAUCUCAUUGGUGUUGUAGAGGAAGGCUUGGAUGUGCCUACGUGGGUGUGAAUAGUGCUGGAAGUUUGGUACCGGUAUUUGGUAUAUAUUUGGUAUUACCGAAUACAUGUAUUAUUUCUUGGAAUUAGGAUUGGGAUUGAAUUUCAAUUGUUAUUCGGUAUUAGGGAUUACGG